AUGUCGGUGCGAUUUCGAACAAGCUAUAUCGCAUUCAGUAAAAGAUGUCUACAUACGAGCCAGCGAAAGCAAUCAGAUGCUCGGUUUCAUCGCUCAGAUUUCUCGAAUCAGCCCUUUACCGGCAGCUAUGAGCCUGGUCUGCCCACUGGCGGGCCUCUUGGAGGCAACCAUGUGUAUGGUGUGCCACGUCUUACACCGAAGAUGCUCAAGCAGCAUCUAGACCAGUUUGUUGUCGGGCAAGAAAGAGCAAAGAAGAUACUGAGUGUAUCGGUCUUCAACCACUAUCAGCGCAUACAGGAGCUCCAAAGGCGCGAAGAGGAAGAGGAAGAGCUGGCCGCACAGAGGGAACGUCGUGAAAGACACCCAGUUGAGAGCGAAUUCCCUGGUCAACAACCAACAAUACGGAUGGGAGGUCCGCCCGCAGGCUAUAUCCCGAAGCUAGGAACUUCACCGCUUGUGGAUACGACACCCUUAACACUUGAGAAGUCGAAUAUCCUUCUGCUCGGACCGUCAGGCGUUGGAAAGACACUGAUGGCUAAAACACUGGCUAGAGUCCUCGAGGUUCCCUUUUCCAUGUCCGAUUGCACACCUUUCACACAAGCAGGCUAUAUUGGUGAAGACGCUGAAGUCUGUGUGCACAGGUUACUGGCCGCAGCAAACUACGAUGUUGAAAGAGCUGAGAGAGGUAUUAUUUGUCUUGACGAAGUAGACAAGAUCGCGACUGCUAAGGUCAGCCAUGGGAAGGACGUCUCGGGAGAGGGUGUCCAGCAAGCCUUGCUCAAGAUAAUAGAAGGCACUACAGUACAGGUGCAGGCAAAACCCGAAAAGAACGCGCCACGUGCUGGCGGUCAGUCUCAGACAUAUCCGACUAAUAGCCCUUUAGGUGGGUCUGGGUCACCUGCGCCAACAAAAGGUGAGGUCUACAAUGUGAGGACAGACAACAUCCUGUUCAUUUGCAGUGGUGCCUUUGUUGGCCUGCAGAAGCACGUUAUGGACAGACUUGCCAAAGGUAGCAUUGGCUUCGGAGCACAAGUACGAUCUUCCACCAACCUGUUCCAGUCGGCCUCACGUGACCAGAAAUCGACCACGAACAAGCCUAUCCCUAUUGUGCCCGGUUCAGAAGAGGAAGCACUAUACAAGAAACACCUACCUUUCUUCACACCAUCACCUAUGCCUGAACAGACUAAUCCCGACGGCUCUCCACUCGAGCCGAAUUACUUUAAUCCUCUUGACCUUGUAACACCUGCUGACCUCCAAUCUUUUGGCUUCAUACCUGAAUUUGUUGGGCGAGUUCCAGUAACAGCCGCUCUAGCACCACUGACUCAUGCCAUGCUCCUUCGCAUCCUUACAGAGCCUCGAUCAUCACUUGUCUCUCAGUACGUCACGCUCUUCUCAUUAUCUAACAUCGAGCUUCGCUUCACCACACCUGCCUUACAUGUCAUCGCAUCGAACGCUCUAGCAAUGGGAACAGGAGCACGAGCGCUCCGCACAGAGAUGGAAACCAUCCUUGGAGACGCAAUGUUCGAAGCUCCAGGAAGUAGCGUCAAAUAUGUGCUUGUCACUGAGAAAGUGGCCAAAAGGGAAGAAGGUGCUAUCUACCUAGGUAGAGGCCAAGGUGGACGAUUUCACGCUCUGAUAGCGCAAGAAGAGGGCGAGUGGGAAGAUAAGCAAAAAGCUAAGCAGGGUCAUGAUGCUGCUAGCUUCUCAGAUUGGCGAAGCAAGGCUACUGUCGCGGUUGGAAGUGGUGGGUACGGGUAG